GUCGAGUACGAGAAGAUAACAGAAGUAAGCAAACAAACGUCGUUAUUUCGACGUGUUGAGCAUGAAUGUGUUGUGCUUCUUCAGGGAUUCUUUCGACGAAGUAUCCAAAAACGGAUGGAGUACCGCUGUUUGAGAGAUGGAGUGUGUCCAAUCUACAAACAGAAUCGGAAUCGAUGCCAGGCGUGUCGAUUCAAGAAGUGCAUUACUGUGGGAAUGUCGAGAGACUGUGAGUUCCGAAAACGUUUAAUAAUUGUUUUAAUCGAAUUCCUACUUCAAAAGAGAAGCACCGCAGAAAAGGAACAUUUCAUUUUCGUACGUGCACAGUAUGAUAGCGCUAUGAAGCAAAGGAAGAAAAGAAAGCAGUCAAAUCCUUGCUUUUUUCAAAUCCGAUCAUUAGUUCAGGUUUUUUUCAAAGCUCUGUGGUUUAAAGCUAUAUUCUAG